GCGUAGUUAAAUGAUGGAGGAUUUAACCCGAGAUGAUCAUGUCUUCUGUGACGUUGUGGCGGUUCACCAGCGGCCGCCGUGUCCUGGGAGGAUGGGGCCCGCUGCUGUGCCUGGUUCUCGGCUCCGUGGUGGCGCUCCUGAUGCCGCUUCUCGUGGUGAAGAACCAAUGCUGCGGCUCCCUGAAAGGCAUCUCCCAGCUCCGCUGCCAGCUGCUGGGGAGUUCCCAGCCGUCCCCAGCUGUGCAGUCCACCAGCCUCACCGUCCCGUUCACCGCCCUGGAUCUGCUGCCCCACAGGUCCAAGCCGAGCAAAGAGAUGGAGCUGGAGGCCAAGGCGGCGCUGCAGCUGGCUUUGGAAAUGAGGAAACUUGGAAAGCGGGAGAAGGCGCACAAGUUGCUGGUGCACGCGCUUAGUAUGAACCCCGACUUUGUGGACGCUCUGACGGAGCUGGGGACCAUUCUGGAGGAGGAGAAGGAUGUUGUUCAGGCGGACCACCUCUACUCGAAGGCCUUGGCUCUGUCGCCGUGCGACGAGAGAGCCCUGGUCAGCAGAGACCGGACGCUGCCCCUGGUGGAGGAGAUCGACCAGCGCUACUUCAGCAUCAUUGACAGUAAGGUGCGCAGGCUCAUGUCCAUUCCAAAAGGGAACUCCGCGCUCCGGCGGGUAAUGGAGGAAACCUACUACCACCACAUCUACCACACGGUGGCCAUUGAAGGCAGCACGCUGACCCUGUCUGAGAUCCGCCACAUCAUUGAGACGCGCUACGCCGUGGCGGGGAAGAGCCUGCAGGAGCAGAACGAGGCCAUCGGCGUGGACGCCGCCAUGAAGUACAUCAACACCACGCUGCUGUCCCGGUCGGGGGCCAUCUCCGUCGGCGACAUCCUGGAGAUCCACCGGCGGGUGCUGGGCUACGUGGACCCCGUGGAGGGCGGGAGGCUGCGCACCGGCCAGGUGUUCGUGGGCCACCACAUCCCGCCGCACCCCCAGGACCUGCAGCGCCACAUGCAGGAGCUGGUGCAGUGGCUCAACUCCGACGAGGCCCUGCAGCUGCACCCCGUGGAGUACGCCGCCCUGGCCCACUACAAGCUGGUGUACGUGCACCCGUUCGUGGACGGCAACGGGCGCACGUCCCGGCUGCUCAUGAACCUGGUGCUCAUGCAGGCCCGAUACCCGCCCAUCACCAUCCGCAAAGAGCAGCGGGCCGAGUACUACGCCGCCCUGGACACGGCCAACGAGGGCGACGUCCGACCCUUCAUCCGCUUCAUAGCCAAAUGCACGGAGAUCACGUUGGACACGCUGUUGAUUUCCACAACCGAGCACGCCGUGGGCCUGCCGGGGGCCGGAGAGGAGCAGGCCUGCCCCAACUGUAAGCAGACCAUCCCCGUGCACAACUGA